UGCUAAGUUCAGUUUAAUCAAGACAAGAGUUCGAGACAAAGUGACAAGGUUCUGCCUACCACCUCUGUGAGUUCUGGUGUAAAGUUGAGAGAGUUUGCUUAGCUAGUUUAACAGAGAACAAGUUUAACAGAGGCUUCUAGAGUUAGUGGAUUAUAGUCUGAGUCAAACAAUUGUGCUACUUAUUUUUGCUCAACAUCCAGACAACCAUGGAGGGGAGAUUACCCCGUCGGAGAUCUCUCUGGGGAGACAAGUCCAUAUUUUGGUUUUGCUCGGUUUUGUUUUGCAUAGGCCAAGCUGGAGGUAAAGGCGAGAUGUCCCACGCCCACUCCACACUGAGUGUUUCACCCCCCCACCUGUACUACACCUGUCCCGAGGGUGCAACUGUCAAACUGGAGUGUAACCAAAGAGGUGUCACCUUGCACCCCAAUGACGUCUUGAGGCAUAGCUGGCUUUUUACACCCCACAGUGAUCAGCACUGUGUGGGACGGAAGGGCCCACGCAAUACUAGCGUGGGCCAUGGCAACCACAGCGUUCCACCAGAGUUGCCUUCCGGAUUCACACAGCACGACUUCUGGAUAAUUCUGCAGAAUGUGACCCACUUUGACCAGGGUCGCUACUGCUGUAUGGUCCUAGACAUCCAGCCGGGCCAUAAACACAGCUCCCUCGUGCAGAAACCCCACAGCCAUGUAAUUCUCCAAGUUACACCACGGAGAAAUGGAUCUCCAAACUGCACUGUCUGGGAUCCCACGCCACCUGGAGGCUCUGUGCCAGCGGCCUUGGCCAUUGCAGCCUGCAUCUUGGCUCUGCUUUCUCUUCCUCUUAUUCUGGUGCUUGUGUACAAACAGAGGCAGAAUGCCCAGUCGAGCAGACGUGCACAAGAGCUGGUGAGGAUGGACAGUGAGGCUCAUGGCCAUGAGAACCCUGUGUUUCUCGGAGGAUCACCACAGAUUAAGACCCGAACCGUUUCUCAGAUCAUGACCAGGCAGUCCUCAGAGACAGGACGCCACCUGUUGUCUGAGCCAGGAACCCCCCUUUCUCCCCCUGCACAUGGGGAUGUAUUCUUCCCAAUAGAAGACACCAUCCAUGAAUCUCCAGACUUCCUGAAUGUUUAAAGUGGGUUGGGACUUAAUUCAUCGCUCUAACUGCUGACCUGGAAACAGUUCUGCAACUCUCCUCCUCUUUUUUCUGCCUCCAGAGCGAUGUUACCCUUAUCAGCUGUCUCACAAUAACCUCUGCUGGGAUUGUCGUCUGUACGUUGUCUGGACCGCAGGAGGGAAUGGGCGGCGUUUUUUAUUCAAAAAGUAUUUCCACCUGCAACAACAGCUGGAGGCCAAAGGGAAACUUUUGCUUGUGCACACUUUUGUUGUAGCGGGGGCUGGGUUUACGUGUGAUGUUCCAUCUGCAUGCUGCUGAUAAUGUCUCGUGGACCAACAGGUGCCGGCCGAUAGAGA